UUUCCAUCUCUCUCUAGACUCUCAGAAUCUCUCGUUGCAAUAAAAACAUGACUGGCAGGGAAAUCCUCAUCAAGAUGAAGGUAACACGAGAGCAUCCAAUCUUCUUAUGCUUAAUUAAACGUGCCCAACUGUUCUGAUCCUCCCUUCUGUUGAAAUGGCCAAGGCUGGGUUUGGGACAUCAGCAACUGACACAGGAAAAGGAAAAAGCAAAAUGUCAAAGCAUAUCACACAUGGCUUCCACUUAAUGAAGGGAAAAUCAGGCCAUGCUAUGGAAGAUUAUUUAGUUUCAGAAUUUAAGCAAGAAAAGGACAAAGAGUUAGGAUUGUUUGCUAUAUUUGAUGGCCAUUUGGGUCAUGAUGUUGCAAGCUACUUGCAGAACCACCUUUUUGACAACAUCUUGAAACAGCCUGACUUCUGGAAUGACCCAGAAAGUGCGGUAAGGAGAGCUUAUCUUACAACAGACGAGGAAAUAUUGGGACAAGCACUUGUCUUGGGACGAGGAGGAUCAACUGCAGUAACUGCAAUACUGAUUAAUGGUCAGAAGCUCGUAGUAGGGAAUGUUGGAGACUCUCGAGCUGUAAUUUGCAAGAAUGGAAAGGCAGAGCAACUAUCAGUUGAUCACGAGCCAAGCAAGGAAAAAAGGUUGAUCGAGAGCCGUGGUGGUUUUGUGUCAAACAUUCCAGGCGACGUCCCUCGUGUGGAUGGACAGCUAGCAGUAGCCAGGGCUUUUGGUGAUAAGAGCCUGAAGAUGCAUCUUAGUUCAGAACCUGAUGUGGCGAUCAAGGAGAUAGAAGAUGAUACAGAAUUCCUUAUUCUGGCAAGUGAUGGAAUAUGGAAGGUUGUGUCAAACCAAGAAGCAGUGGAGUCUAUUAGACAAAUAAAGGAUGCUCAGGCUGCAGCGAAGCGUUUGAUAGAUGAGGCCGUUGCUAGGAAGAGCAAGGAUGACAUAUCCUGCAUUGUUGUGAGGUUCCAAUGAUAUGUUCUUGAGACAUGAACUUAGGAAGUCACAGCAAUCGAUUGUGUGUAUAAAUGUCAGAUAUGUUUCUACAUUUUUCCUCAAGAUUCUUUAAUAUGUAUGUCUAAAUGAAUUAGUUUGGAUGGUUGCAACCCCAUUACAGGAUCUGCUUCAUCUGUUUAGGAUUUGUUAUUUAACCGUAAGAUCUUUGUGCUUGAAUGUGGCUGGCUUUUAAGUCGCCUAUCCUUCUGUUUCUACCCCCUUGGAAAGUGAAAACCAGUGCACAAAUAGAAGUUGGUUUAAGUGCUU